AUGCCCGGAACAUCUCCUGUCGUUCUUAUCCUCGGUGCGGGGCCAAGAGUUGGCUUGUCAGUUGCGAGUGUCUUUGCUUCGAAAGGCUACAAGGUUGCAGUCGCAGCCCGGUCGCUGAAGGAGGCAGACAGCACAGACAAUCAACUUAACAUAAAAAGCGACUUCGCCAACCCCGAUGAAGUUGUCAAUGCCUUCGCAAAGGUUACGAAGGAGCUGGGAAUCCCAAGCGUGGUCAUUUACAACGCCGGAGCCGCAACAUUCUCUCCUCCCAACGAUCCGUUUGCGAUCCCGUUGGAUGCUUUCAAGCGAGACAUGACUGUCAACACCACCAGUGUCUUUGUCGCUGCCCAACAAGCCGUGCUCGGCUUCGCAGAGCUCCCUGCCGAUGCGCCCAGGACAUUCUUGUUUACAGGGAACAUCCUAAACGUUAGACCCCUCCCGCGGUUUCUAGAAUCGGGCGCUGGCAAGUCAGCGUCUGCACACAUGAUGAUGGCUGCUGCCUCUGAAUACAAGGAGAAAGGAUUCAAGUUUUAUUAUGUUGACGAACGGAAGGAGGACGGCUCGGCUGCUUUCAAGAUCGAUGGAGAGGCACAUGCUAAGCUCUUCUGGGAGCUCGCAGAGACCAAGACGCAGGGUCCGUGGUUGCAGACCUUCGUCAAGGGCGUGGGAUACAAGGACUUCGGCCCAUAUCGAUUUUAG